AUGCCCCCCAAGCCCCUCUCGCUGCCUCCAAAGCUCCUCCAGCAGAUUGGCGCCUCAGAGCAAGCCGGCGCCUCCAAAGCUCGUGGCCGAUGGAAGAGUCAAGAUCAGAACAGAAAAGACCGCCGAAAGGCUGAGAGACAGUCCAGGAAGCAGCGUCAGAAUCCAACCCGUAGAGAAGGACGCCCGCCGAAGCGCCAGGUUGAAGAUGACGACGAUGACGAUAUUGACGACAACGACCUUUUCGACGACAACCAGGCGCCAGCAGAACCGCGCAAGCCAUCGAAAGUGAACUCGAAAAAGCGCAAAAGGGAUCUCAAUGGAGAUGACGAGGAUGGAGAAACGCCUGCGCCGAAGCAGCCAUCGCGUGCCGUUCGUGACCGAUUGGCCAAGGACGACGCCGAAAUCGAGCAGCUUGAACGGAAGUUGGGGCUUAAGAAGGGUCGCAAGUCGCUGCCAAAGUCAUUCAAGGAUGAUGGCUUAGACGACCUGCUCGGCGAACUCAGCGGUGGAAGCGACUCGGAGAGUGCCGGCAGACAAAACAACGAGUUCAAGGACUGGCUUGCGCAAAAGAGGAGGGAAGCCGCCGGCACUCGUCCUGCAACUGCUCAGGAUUCAGAGAGCGAUCAAGACGACGAAUUGGGCGGCUGGGACAGCGAACUACUUCACGAUGACGAUGACGAUGACGAUGACGAAGCCGACGACACCGACUUGGGAGACGAUGGUGAGGGGGCCGGAUCCCAGUCCAGCGACGACGACAUAGAAGAUGAGGAUGUCAUCAGCGACGCGGAACCCUUUGAGGGCUUGGAUCUGGAAGAAGAGACAGAAGCGGCGGCGGCGGCAGUAGCACCUAAAAGGAUCAGAGAAAAUCCAUACCUGCCACCAGUCACCGCCAGCACUCAACCGACAAAGUAUAUUCCGCCCUCGAUGCGAGCCAAUAUGGGAGUGGAUGCCGACUUGGAGGCACAGAUUCGCCGCAAAUUACAGGGUCCUGUCAACAGAGUCACCGAAGCAAAUUUGCUCCCGAUCGUCGGCGAGAUCGAGAGAGCCUACCGCGACCACCCGAGAGGCCACAUGAACAACAUCUUGACUGGUCUGUUGAUGGCGCAAAUAUGUGAUCCUACGAGCAAGCCCGACACGCUACUGGUUCUGUCCGCUGGCUUUAUGGCAGCUUUAUACAAAGGCAUCGGUAUCGAUUUUGCCGCACACUUCCUGACUACGUGUGUGGAGCGAUUCCAAGAAGAGAUGGAAAGGGCCACAAUGGCGGCUGAGGAGCAACGCAUUCCCACCAAGGAGACUUCGAAUUUGAUUACAGUGCUGGCAGAAAUGUACAUCUUCCGCGUCAUCAGCAGCAACCUUAUGUUCGACCUCGUACGGCUGAUGUUGGGCGACCUCUCGGAACUGAACGCGGAACUUUUACUGCGUAUAGUACGUGUGGCUGGGCCUCAACUGCGCAAAGAUGAUCCUCUGGCGCUCAAGGACAUCGUCAGCCUGAUUCGUCCCGCCAUCGCCAAGAUCGGAGAGAGCAACCUCACCGUCCGCACAAAGUUCAUGAUCGAAACUAUUAGCGACUUGAAGAACAAUAAGCUGAAGGCCGGCGCACAGGACUUGGUCAUCUUGAACGAGCAUGUAACGCGAAUGAAGAAAGCGCUGGGUUCACUCGACACACAGAAGCUGAAGGCAACGGAGCCUCUCCGAAUCGGGCUGAGGGAUAUCGAGAACGCCGACAAGACUGGCAAGUGGUGGCUUGUCGGCGCUAGCUGGGCAGGUUCGGAUGCUCAAAAGACGAAACAUGAAGAUCACCAAGCCGUUGUCAAGAAUGCAGGUGUUGACGAGGACAAGGACGGCGGCGUUGUCGUUUCCGACGCCAAUGACCUCGUUACCCCCGACUAUGGUCAGCUCGCGCGAGAGCAGGGCAUGAACACUGACAUUCGGCGCGCCAUCUUCAUCGCCCUUGUGGCCGCAGCAGACUACCAGGAUGCCUACAUGCGGAUUUUGAAGCUAAAGCUCAACAAGUACAACCGGCGAGAAGUGCCAAACGUCCUCGUCCAAUGCUGCGGAGCACAACAGCACUAUAAUCCGUACUACACACUCGUGGCCAGGAAGUUUUGCAGCGACUCGCGGAUCAAGUAUGCUUUUCAGGACACGGUCUGGACGCUGUUCCGAAGACUCGGUGAACCCUUGUUUGGGGAAGAGCCGGAGGAGGAAGAGGAAGAGGCUGCUGACGACCGUCGACUUAUCAACACGGCUAAGAUGAUUGGGAGCUUGGCAGCGGAUGGCUCGGUCAGUCUGGGCCUCCUCAAGGCCCUGAACCUCGCCUACAUCAAGGACACGACGGGUCUGUUUGUAGAGGUGAUGCUCAUCACGGUGCUCCAGGAGUGUAGUCGAGCUAAGAACAAGACUUUGGACCAAGCUCUAAGCGUGCCAUUCGGCGGCGGGUUAGCUCCAGAGCUUGCGCGGAGCGUCGCAUACUUCCUGCGAAAGAAGGUACGGGACACUGAUCUGGUAGAUGGAAAGAAGGACACCAAAAGGGUCAAGCAAGCAUGCAAGGCCGCCGAGCAAAUGCUACAGAAGCCAGCCCAAGCUGUUGAUUUGUACCUCCCUGCUGUCGUCCCCUCUCAACUCUCGAGAUGGAGCCGCGCCUACGCCUCCGCCUCUGAGGAGAAGGACCUUGUCAUUAUUGGCGGCGGUGUUGCUGGCUAUGUAGCCGCUAUCAAGGCCGGUCAGGAGGGCAUGAAGGUCGCCUGCAUCGAGAAACGCGGUACCUUAGGCGGAACUUGCCUCAACGUCGGCUGCAUCCCGUCUAAGGCUCUUCUCAACAACUCGCACCUUUACCACACCAUCCAGCACGAUACCAAGAACCGCGGUAUCGAAGUCGCUGACGUCAAGUUGAAUCUCGAGCAGUUCAUGAAGGCCAAGGAUACAGCCGUCGGCGGGCUCACCAAGGGUGUCGAGUUCCUCUUCAAGAAGAACGGCGUCGAGUACAUCAAGGGUUCCGGCUCGUUUGUCAACGAGAACGAGAUCAAGGUCGACCUGAACGAGGGCGGCGAGACUUCCGUUCGCGGAAAGAACAUUCUGAUUGCCACUGGUAGCGAGGCUACUCCCUUCCCUGGGUUGGAGAUCGAUGAGAAGCGCGUCGUCACCAGCACCGGUGCUCUGGCCCUCGAGAAGAUUCCCGAGUCCCUUGUUGUCAUUGGUGGUGGUAUCAUUGGCCUCGAGAUGGCUUCCGUCUGGUCCCGCCUGGGUAGCAAGGUCACCGUCGUUGAGUUCCUCAACCAGAUCGGUGGCCCUGGAAUGGACGCAGAGAUCUCCAAGAGCACCCAAAAGAUCCUCAAGAAGCAAGGCAUUAACUUCAAGACCAGCACAAAGGUUGUAAGCGGCGACAAGAGCGGUGACAAGGUCCAGCUGGAUAUCGAUGCGGCUAAGGGUGGCAAGCCUGAGACGAUCGACGCCGAGGUUGUGCUUGUUGCCAUUGGCCGCAGGCCAUACACCGGAGGGUUGGGACUCGAGAACAUCGGUCUCGAGGUCGAUGAGCGUGGACGCGUCAUCAUCGACUCCGAAUACCGUACCAAGAUCCCCCAUAUCCGCUGCGUCGGUGAUGCUACCUUCGGCCCCAUGCUUGCGCACAAGGCUGAGGAGGAGGCUGUUGCCGUUGUCGAGUACAUCAAGAAGGGCUACGGUCACGUCAACUAUGGUGUCAUCCCCUCCGUCAUGUACACGUACCCUGAGGUUGCUUGGGUUGGCCAGAGCGAGCAGGAUCUGAAGUCGCAGAACAUCCCGUACCGGGUCGGGUCUUUCCCUUUCAGCGCGAACUCCCGCGCCAAGACCAACAUGGACACUGAGGGUAUGGUCAAGAUGCUUGCCGACCCGGAGACUGACAGGCUUCUGGGUGUUCACAUCGUCGGACCUAACGCCGGCGAGAUGAUUGCAGAGGCUACGCUGGCGCUGGAGUAUGGCGCGUCAAGUGAGGACAUUGCCCGCACCUGCCACGCCCACCCUACCCUCGCUGAGGCUUUCAAGGAGGCUGCCAUGGCUACCUACUCAAAGCCUAUUCACAUGUAA